CAUGCUGUAUGUUGCACACACACCAGUAAACUCUCUAAAACUCUUCAGAAAUCUCUCUUAAAGAUCUACAGAGUCUCCUGUGUGUUUCUAAACUGCAGUACAUACCAGAAAGAAAUCAGAGCAAGCGCCCACACUCUUUCACACACAGAUAUGGCUUCCUCCAGCAUUCUCCUGUCUGAAGAGCAGUUCCUGUGCUCUAUCUGUCUGGAUGUGUUCACUGAGCCAGUCACCACUUCAUGUGGACACAACUUCUGCAUGGCCUGUGUCACAAAGUACUGGGAUAGCAAGGACCUGUGUCAAUGUCCACUGUGUAAGGAGAACUUCUAUAGACAACCUGAGCUUCGUGUCAACACAACAUUAAGAGAGGUUGUAGAGAAUUUUAAAAGGAUGAGAGACAGAGGUAAAGAUGAGUCCCCUGCCAAACCUGGAAAAGUGCCCUGUGACGUCUGCACUGGGAAGAAGUGCAAGGCCCUGAAGUCCUGCCUGGUGUGUCUGGCCUCUUACUGUGAGACUCACCUGGAGCCUCAUCAGAUAGCCCCAGCCUUCAAGAGACAUAAGCUGAUCGACCCUGUGGAGAACCUGGAAGACAGGAUCUGUAAGAAGCAUGACAGAAUCCUGGAGCUGUUCUGUAGGACUGACCAGACUUGUGUGUGUCAGUUCUGCACUGAGGCAGACCACAAGACUCAUGACACUGUCCCUAUAGAGGAAGAGUGUGGAGAGAGGAAGGCUCAGCUGGGGAAAACUGAGGCAGAAGUGCAGCAGAUUAUCCAGGAGCGACUGCAGAAGGUUAAAGAGAUCAAACUCUCAGUAGAUCUCAGCAAGAGAUAUGCAGAGAGAGAGAUAGCAGACAGCAUGCAGGUUUUCACUGCUCUGGUGCUCUCCAUUGAGAAAAACCAGGCUGAGCUAAUUGAGGUGAUUGAGGAGAAGCAGGAAGCAGUUGAGAGGCGGGCUGAAGGGCUCAUUAAAGAGCUGGAGCAGGAAAUCACUGAGCUAAAGAGGAGAAGGACUGAGCUGAAGCAGCUCUCCCACAGUGAGGACCAUCUCCAACUUCUCCAGAGCUUCCUAUCCCUAGUGUGCAACCCUCCACCCACCAAGAACUGGUCUGAGAUCAGCGUUCACAGUGAUCUGUUUGUGGGGACUGUGAGGAGAGCUGUGUCUCAGCUGGAGGAGACACUGAAUAAAGAGAUGGAGAAGCUGCCUGAAGUCAAACUGAAGAGGAUUCAGCACUAUGCAGUGGAUGUGACUCUGGAUCCUGAUACAGCAAACCGCUGGCUCAUCCUGUCUGAAGAUGGGAAACAAGUAAGAUAUGGAGACACACCACAGAAACUUUCUGACAAUCAAAAAAGGUUUGAUCGUUUUGCCAUUGUUCUUGGAAAGAAUGGCUUCUCCUCAGGGAGAUUUUACUAUGAGGUGACGGUUAAGGGGAAGACUAGGUGGACUUUAGGAGUGGCCAGAGAGUCCAUAGACAGGAAGGGGAUUAUCAAACCGAGACCUGAGACUGGACUAUGGACUCUGGUCCUGAGGGAUGGGAAUCAGUACACAGCCUGUGCCUCCCCCCAAGUCUGUCUCUCCCUAAACGAGAAGCCCCAGAAGGUGGGGGUGUUUGUGGACUAUGAGGAGGGUCAGGUCUCCUUUUAUGAUGUGGAGGCCAGGUCUCAUAUCUACUCUUUCACUGGAUGCACCUUUACAGAGAAACUCUAUCCAUACUUAGGCCCCUGUAAUAAUGCUGGUGGUAAAAACUCAGCUCCUUUCAUCAUCUCUCCUCUCAAUCACACAGACUGAUUAAACGAUGGAGAGAGAACUGUUUUUCAUAACAGAUCAUUUACAACGUACAUUUACAAAUCAUUAAAUGUAUCAAUAUAUUUCCAAAUUAGUAUAUUUAGUCAGGUUGACAUGUCACAUGAUUAGAAUAUCCACGAUGUCCUCUGAAAUUGUAUCAACAAAUGAGAAUGUAAACUGUUCUGUACAUCUUAACAUGGAUAAGAAAUGCUUGUAUUUACUGAAAAGUAAGACUAUGAACUGGAAUGAACUUCAAUAGAAAAUAAAUAAAUGGUAUGUUUGAUUAGGGCUGUGACGAUUAUGGAAUUUUGAGUAACGAUUUACUGUCAUGUAAAUGGCCAAUGUUAUUGCCAUAAUUGUCAUUGGUGUUGAAACAUGUUUUGAGCUUGUAAUGUACCAUAACGCAUCUUUGAAAAUUUGCUAAGACAUACCUAAUGAAUACAACACAGCUAUGGUGUCACACGCUGUCUCAAAAACAAAUGGUUUUGACCACUUGGAACUAUUGGAAAUGAAGCUUGUCCUCCUGACCGUGGAUGUAGAUGAAUGUGAGAAAGUACUUGCCUUUGAGCUGGUUAUUGGUCUAUCACAGUGACUGUAAUAAAGGACUUACUUUUCCUUUGA